GUCAAAUGUCACUUUCAGUCAAACUUUUCCAGACAAUUUCCAUCAAAGUGGUUGUAUUGAACACACAAAAACGCAAAAACCGGCACCCAAAUGGCUACCAAGUUAUGUCACUCCCCAUCCACAUUUGGGAUAACAAACACCAGAUUUAGAUCUUCGCGCGUAAUUCCCCUACUUACCCCACUCGUGCGAGGUCAUUGAGAUAACCCACAGAUAACACAACAAACUCAAAAUGACGUCCCAAUCUAUCGUAGUUGUGGGGUCUUGCAUGAUUGAUUUCGUCAGUUAUGCGCCACGUCUCCCUCAAAAGGGUGAAACUAUUCACGGCACUCAGUUCGUUACGAACUUUGGAGGAAAAGGGGCCAAUCAGUGCGUCGCUGCUGCCAAACUAGGGGGCCAAACGACUCUAGUGGCUCGAGUCGGCGAGGACUUAUGGGGCGACAAAUACAUCGCCAACUUAAAAGAACAAAAAGUUGAAACUAAAUAUGUCCAAAAGACGCCGAAUUUUUCAAGCGGGAUUGCGCAAAUCACGGUGGCUGAAACCGGCGACAACCAAAUCGUGAUAGUGGCGGGGGCCAACACUCAACUGAGCCCCCUAGACGUGGAAAAAGCGAAAAGUGAGAUAAGUGCGGCUGCCGUACUAGUUUUACAACUAGAAACCUCAGUGGAAGUCGCGGUUAGGGCUCUGGAGUUGUGUGAAGGGGUGUCGGUUUUAAAUGGAGCGCCAGGGCUCAGUGACUACGACGCACGGAUUUUAACACUACCGACGAUUUUUUGUGUAAACGAAACUGAAGCUGAGCUGUUCACAGGACUACCAGUGACAACAAAAAAGGAGGCCGAAACAGCUGCCAGGUUUUUACUUUCCAAGGGGUGUAAAAGCGUCGUGUUGACUCUGGGGGCGCAAGGGACCCUCUACGUGGAUAAAACUGAGUGUUUGUACCUUAGUUGUCCCAGUGUCCGGUGCGUGGAUUCCACAGGAGCUGGGGAUGCAUUUAUUGGGGCUUUUGCGUUUUUGUUGGCCACUAAGCCCGACCUUCCGAUGGCAAAGGUGCUCGAGAGUGCGUGUAUUAUAGCCUCUGAUAGCGUGACGAGGUCGGGGACCCAAAUUAGUUUCCCUGGAAAGGAAAUCCUGGAUAAAUGUCCUCUGUAAAGUUAGCGCUUUGUACUUAGGUGACGUGUGAGUUGCCAUUGUGGUUAUGUUUAAAUAAAAGCGGGGGUUGGUUUAA